AUGUCACACCUCAACGAUAAUGAAUCAAAACAAACAGAUAAAGAACCAUCUCUAACUGAAUAUACUGAUAUACCCUUAAAGCGACCAUAUAGAGGUUUAACAAUAGAUGAACCUAUUCCUGAGCGUUGUGAAAGAUAUUGGCGAACUUAUGCGUCGUUUCGACAAGCACUUAUCGUCGCAACGGCAAUUUGGGGAUUUGG